CGGUAUGGGAAUGACUGUUUUUCUUUUUUUAAUUAUCAUAAGAAUGAGAACAUUUAAAAAUUGCUUUUAUUUAAUGAUAAGAAAGCACUGCCUAUAAAUUACGCGUAUUUUUUUUUGCAUGGUUCACUUGUGGGGUUUUAUUUUAUAAACGUGUCCGUUGCUUGCAGUCACAGAAACUCGGAAGUAUCGUCAUCACUUAUCAGCUGACUCUUGAUGUCAUGUGACCUCAAUGGCGACGCGGUGAACGGAGAAAAUACAACCGAACAAACAGUGAAACGCACAAAUAAUGAAGCUUUAUCACAGUAUUUGAAUUAUUCUGUCAUACUGCACGAACCUGAAUGGACCUUUCUUAAUUCUCAAGCCACGAAUCACACGUGUUUGGAAAUGGGUCUAGAUGCUGCCUCUCUGAGAUUAGACCAACAUUUACUUUAUUUUAUGGAUCAGCUUGAAAUUUUGGAAGAGAAAAGACAAAAACUUAACACACUCAUAGAAGAUGGAUGGUUUAACAUUUCCAAGGCCCGGUACUCGAUGGGGAACAAGCAAGUCUCAGCUUUGCAGUAUGCCAGUGAGAUGGAGCCACUUGUACAUGUUCAUGCCAGCCGGUCAGAAAAAGGUGAAGCGGAAUUCAAGUGUGAGAGAAUAGGUAUUGAAGAUGAAGAACUAAAAAGGAGUGAAACAGUAGAGAGCAUUGGAGCAGCAGAUGGAGGGCUCAGAAGGCGAGUAAACGUUAAAAAGAAGGAAAACAUGGAAGAAAAAGACACUUCAAAAGAUGAAUGUGAGAAGGAACCUCAAUUAAAUACAAAGAGUGAGAAAUCUCAAGGUCAGCAUCAAGAUCCUAUGAAAUGGUUUGGGAUCCUUGUACCACAAAACCUUAAGCAAGCUCAGGCAGCCUUUAGAGAAGUUAUUACUCUAGCAGCUGAGAUCUCAACCCUGCAGAGUGCAAUUGUGAAAACUAGAUUGGAGAUGCAGACUCUGAUGAAGGAUAAACAGAAGAUUGCUUCUGAAUUGAAAGAAUAAUGCAUUGCACAUGAGUGUUUUAAUUAUUUCCCAAGUUAAUUUUUCAGAUGUUACACCCAUCCCUUUUAUGUACUUCAGUGUGAGUGAUAAAUGGUAAUUGACAAAAGUCAAAUUGACAAAAGCGUGUCUACACAACUAUAUGGCUACCUCCCUGUUAACCAGGGACAGUAUUGGAAAAUAUUAAUAAAUCUGAACACUUUUUCUAACUGAAUUUUGCUUUUUUUUCUACAUUGAAUUUCUGACAAAUGGAUGUCUCCCCAUUCCCCAACGAAAUAAACUAAGGUGACUUUUAAUCACUUAGAUCACCAAGAGGAAUCCCUGAAAGGAUACUUCAAUAAAUACUUAAAUAGUGUUGCUUGAAA